UGCAUGUCCAGGGGGUAGGUGUCCGGAUACGCAUAAUGAUAGUUACAAUUUUGUCCUAGGUGUUGCCAGUAGAGUCUCGCGCUCAGCUCAUCAACGAUGCAUUCACUCUGGCUAAUGUUGGGCGACUUGAUUACCCCCUAGCCUUUGAUCUGACCCUCUACAUGGUGAAUGAACUGGACUAUGUACCAUGGAAGGCGGUCCUUGGGUUUUUGUCCCACAUCAGAGAUAUGUUCGGGACGUAUUCUGGUUACGGGCAUUUAGAGAGCUAUAUGCAACAACAGGUCCAGACAUUGUACAAUGCAGUCGGAUGGGACGACGACCCGGAAACAGACCCGCAUCUUGAACAAUUAAAUAGGAUCAACAACAUUGAAACAUCAUGUAAAUAUAGCAACCAAGAUUGUCUUGACAAAGCGUCCGCCCUCUACCGCCAGUAUAUGGAGAAUGAUGUUAAUAACACCGAGGAUAGAGCAGAUUAUGAUAUCAAUCCCAUAACUCCUAACCUUAAGAAGACGGUUUAUUGCUAUGGAAUCCAAGAAGGAGGGCAGAAAGAGUGGAACUUCGGCUGGAAGAAGUUUACCGAGGAUAAAACCAAGCAUUCGAUUUGGCUCAAAGCACUUUCCUGCUCCAAAAGACCCUGGAUACUCAACAGAUUUCUGUAUUACUCUCUCAAUACAACACACCUAGCAAAGCGAGAUUCGUCUGUCAUCAUCAAGUACGUGUCUCAGAACGCCGUAGGUCGGGCACUCGCUUGGAAUUUUGUACGGAAUGAGUGGGACAACCUGAAGGAAUAUUACGGCGGCGACGAACUUUCUAAGAACACGGGUCUACAGAACAUGAUUUCCGAUGUUACGGCAAACUUCAACACACCGCUUGAACUUCAAGAUCUUCUUGCAUUCGGCGAAGACAAGGACUUUGGAUCAGCGAAGAGUAAAUACGCGAAGGCGAUAAAAAAGAUACAAACAAAUAUUGCAUGGAUAGAGAAUUACGCAAAGACAGUUUCACAGUGGUUGGAAGGAGCCGUCCCCAUGGAUGGGGAGUAAAAAAAAAGGGGGGCACCCCAAUCUUUGGCGUAUCCAACAGAGGAUUAUGCAGGCGGACGCCCCCUCUGGAGAAUAAGUCAGUACAUAUUAAAGCGUGUCUACCUUGAGCGGGGGCUACCUAAGAAUACCCCACACUCCUCCAGUAAUUGACUUCUGAAUGCGACUUUGCCAUUCGUCGAACCUCACUUUGUCAUCGACACCAUCACCGUCACCGUCCAGUUGUACCGAGAUCAAUGAUCACGAAGUCAAUUAUAAUGUAAACGCUACAACAUUUUCUAAUGGUUUAUCAAAUUCCUUUCAGAACAUGUUUUAGGGCUAAAUAUUGUCCGGGCUCUUAUUUAAUUUUAAUAAAGUAAACAUCAACACAGUGCGUCUUCUAAUUGCAUUGAUACAAGAAUUGAAGCAAGAUUUUGCAAUUACUUACAGCAAUCAUAGGUAAUUUUGUAUUGCAUCCACAUGUAAGAUCGGUAUCCCCCCCCCCCCUCCCCCUCAUAAUGCAAGUGCCCCCUCAAUGGCUCGAACCGCUUUAAUCCAAAAAAGAUCAUUCAGUAUUAUUUUAGUUAUUAAAAUAAUGCCUCACAUAGACAUGUAUACAUGUAGUUUGUACUUCUAAUAUGUAGUACCAUAAGUUUGAUACGAUUGCUAUUCGUAAAUACGAUGCCGAGAUUGUAAAAACUGAAGUGGCAAAUAUUUGUAGAAUUUGUUUCCUUCUUUCUUAUAGGUAAUAUCAUAGCUUUAUCUAGUUGGACAUCCUCUUUCAACGCUACUUUUUGUUUGCCUAAUUAUUUCUUUGUUUUGUUUUGUGUACAGAUGUUAACAAUAGUAUAUUUAGAAAUGUAUGUUUAUUAUUAUUAUAACUUUUCGAAUUAAUUCUUUUCUAAUCGUAUUCAAAUACAAAUUAUAAACCAAAAUUUACUUUGGGGAUUUAUCUGUGACGAUGGCCUGUGACAAAAUAUAUUUGCUAUUUAUUCCACAAAUACGUAUAUUACUAUGAAAAUAAGUAAAGAGGAUAUAGAAUAAACGGGUGUUACAUAGUAGACUAUGACAACAUUUUCGUGCCACGUACACACGCACACACACUUACAAACACACACGCACUCCCACACAACAUCUCGACGAACAUUUAAGAUUGACCAAAGAUUGACUAUGCGUGUUACAAACUUCUGAAAAACGUAUUGUUUACACAACCUACAAAAUAAAUAUUUUAUAUACAAUACUAUAAUACCAAUUUAUUAUAAUCAUGAUAAUUGUGUUGGAUACUGUUUGAAUUUUAACUUGGUGUUUUAUUUUUCUUCACGGCUUUACAUAUAUCUGUGUUUCUGUCAGCUUGCAUCAAUAUUCUUUCUCUUUCUCUCUCUCCCUUCCUCUCUCUUGCUCUCUCUCCC